GCAUUACCAGAUAAAUUGAAAAAAGGAUUCAAUAUGAACAGCUUGCCAAUGUUGCUGCCGACUUCGACGUCGACGUCGACGUCGACGUCAACGCCUCUGUUGCUGCUGAGCGCUCAACUGAUGAUCAUCAGCAUCCUUAAUGCUGUGGAGCCCAUUGACGCACUGCAUCUAUCCAGCCUCUCCGUCCCGCGCAUUAUCGAUGUAGCACAAAAGGCCAAACUGUUUUGCAGCUAUGAAAUGGGCAAUCGGACCCUCAACUCCGUCAAAUGGUACAAGGAUGGCCAGGAGUUUUUCAGAUAUUCGCCGCUAACACCGCCGACAACAAAUUGGUUUCCCGUCAAAGGUGUCACCAUCGCCGACGGCUCGUCGCAUUGCAAUCAAUUCAUCUGCAACGUGGAGCUGGAGAAACUAAAUGUGCACUCAUCUGGCCAAUACCGCUGCGAGGUGUCCGGCGAUGCGCCCGAGUUCAAGCUGAUCGAUAAGGCGGCCAAUAUGACCGUUGGCGUUCUGCCCAAAUUUGAUCCGUUCAUCACAGGGAUACGGCACUCCUAUAAAUAUCGGGAUGUGCUGCUUGCCAACUGCAGUUCGGAAUGGUCGAGUCCUGCGGCGAGAUUGACAUGGUACAUCAACAACAAGACCGCACCACAGAGCAGCCUUCAACCACAAAUCAAUGAGAUCACACGCAACAUCGAAGGCUUUCCACUCUAUGCGAGCAAUCUGCAACUGCGUGUCCACAUUGACGACCAGCGCUUCAUUAGCAAGAGUGAGGUGCUGGAACUGCGCUGCAGUGCCGAUAUCAUGGGUCUGGCCAACCAAAGACGCGAAAGUCGAAUGCGUACCACAGUUCUGGCGCUCAAGGACAACGGCUACAAUCAACGAUUCACUGAGAAUGGCAACUGUGCCAGCGUGCGAGCAGCGACAUUUGCAGCGUGGCUUUUGUGCCUGGCAUCGUUGUUGCCCUGGCACUGCAGUUUGAGUUAGUAGCUGUCGCUUUUGGCCGCUUUCAUUUUAGCCUAAUUCAAAUACACUCGUUUCUAAAACCACAAAAGAUGGCAACGCCAUGUGAGUGUCCUCUACACCCUACUUACUCCACGAUUGAAAAGUUAACAAGGUAACAGUUGAAUUUGUAUAUAUAUAUUAAACUAGUAAUUGCAUCGUCGAGUCUCCCAUGAUCCUUGAUGUAAUGCCAAAUGUGUGUAAGCACAAAAAAUGAAACUAUAAAAUAAUUAUAAUAUAUAACAAAUACAAUUUGAAAUAGUGUGCAGCAAAUGUGUCCGAAUAUUCGUAUCUAAUAAAAAUAAUGAAAAUAAAAUUAUGAAUAAAAUUAAAAUUAAAAUUACAACAAAUAGCACAUACUCGUAUGUAUUUGCACGCUCAGAAAUGAACAACAAUCAAUGACAACUAAAAGAAACUAAACUUAAUUAUUGUAUGUGAAAUGUUAAUGAAUUUGUAUUAAAUGAUGUAUGAAAAAUAAAAAUUAACCGUAAAGCACAAA